GCCUGUUAUUUGAGACCCGAUACUUAUACAUCGCCCUUGUUUCUGCAACUUUUUCGUUCUCGAUGUUGUGUUUCUGCGUUUUUAUCCCGGCACGCGAACGCAUAUAAAGGCCAGGUCUCCAGCUCAUGGACUUCACAGCAGGACGAACGUUGGCACGUGGUGCAUCUCGAGAGACCCGGCAACCAUGGAGUGGUGAUAAUCGCGAGUGUCAGUACGGGCAUCAUGGAUGACUUUAUGAGCUUUGACUUGAACAUCACAGACAGCAGCUGGCAACUGUGGGAUGAGUUUCAGCAAGACCAGUGUUUGUCUUCCGUGCUUUCUUUGGACAAUGACCCAAUGUUGCCGUCACCUUUUGUGCCCGAUAUUCACGGGAGCCCAGGUUCAAGCAGCGCAGACAGCGCGAAUGCGGCUACCGCGUCGUGCGGCGGCAAACGCAUUGCGGCGCCCUCCCGGAAUGCGGCACGGGAACGAACGAGGGUGCGGAGCCUCAGAAGCGCCUUCCAGAACCUACAGAGGUCACUACCUGCUGUUCCUCCAGAUACGAAGCUGUCCAAACUGGACGUGCUCGUCUUGGCUUCAAACUACAUAGCCCACCUGGCGCAGUUGCUGUCUGAAAACGAACCUCCGCAGGCUCCUGUGCCUGCCAUAGAGGAAGACCUCCUUUGCUCACCGAAUCCUUCUCAAGCAGCCACAGACACCAUGAACAGAAGUUACUUUCACCCAGUCAAGAAAUGGCCAAUGCGAUCAAGGCUGUACGCUGGCAGCGGUCCCAGUGUAGCGACAGACGAACCGCAACAGCAGCGCCACAUAGCGGCGAGGAAGAACAGAAGUAGCCAGAGAGCACAUCCGUACAGUUUCAAGCGAAAUAGCGCCCUCUGAUUGGGCAUAGAAGUUACUAGUGCAAUAUGCCAUAUUGCUGGCUCUCUGCCUGUUAUAUUUGUGUAAAUUAUUCCUGUGUGUAUGAUAUAUGGUGCGCAUGCGAAACAAAAUACAACAAGCUAAGACCUAUUGUAAAACGCAGACCGACACAUAGGCGUCACGAAUAUCGAAACUCUAGGCUCUGCGGUCACUAUACAGGCGUCUCCGCCAAUGACAGCGCGUGAGAGGCCACGUGCUGAUGACUAACAAAUGACGUCAGAGCUCGCCGGGUACGUGCGUUCCAAGGCGUUCCUUUUUUUUUUUUUCUUCAGUACUCCAGCAUGAGGUAGAAUAAUAACAUUAUUAAUUAUAAUAUCGCUCGUUCAAAAAGUGAAAGGGUGCGAGAAAAGGCUUCAGAAAGAAGCUUGAUGGAUGCGUGCAUGCUUAAAGAACGCGUGCGCAUGAUGUAAAAAAACUACACGUGUCAAUGGGUAAAAACCCCUUUAAUGACAAGCACCGAGGAAACGCUCAUCGUAAAGUGAGCUCCAUGUAGUGUCAGUUGAACUUGUCCCCAAGAAUGCGAAAAAAACAAAGAAAAAAAAAACUAAUGCGACCACCCAAGCGAUCUUUGCGGGGCAUCAUUAUCAGACCACACGCGUCCCUUAUCACUUCGAGGAAAACGAUCCAUACAUUAAUUUUCCAGUAUAUAACGUCAAAGCAGGACGAGAUAGGCUUAAGGUCAAUGUCAUCGCUACCCGUUGAAUGGAUAACGGAGAUAACACCAGCCACCCCCAACAUUGCGCAUGUUAACGACGUGGUACUGCAUCGCCCAAAGCAUUGAGAAAACCUCUGGACAAGAUCGAGAGAUUUGGUUAUGAGAAGGCUAUCUCUUUCUCUCUGGAGUAAAAUUAAAUUGGAAAAUUAAAUGGAAAGUAAAAUUAAUUAAAUGAGCUACCGGUAGCUAAACUGCGUGAGUUAAGCCCACGAGCACAUAAAUGAUGUGCUAGAAGAAGAAAACAAAAACAAACCUAUUGUUGGAAAAAAAAAAAGUGAAACAAACUCGCAUUAAUUACAAAUAAAUGACUAACUUUAGAAACUGUAUACGUGCGACUUCAAUUGUGGUUACAUCGAGAGGAACUUAUCUCAAGGGGUAAAAAAUGGGAGAUAUAAACGUAAUAACGUUAGAAUUUCGUACGUGUUGACAUCGUUGCGAGAUUCAGGCAGAUUUCCACGUCAGGAUUGUUUGCGUGUUGACAAUGUCACCACCAGAGCGUUGCCUUUUAUGGUGCCCGCGAAAGUCGCAUCAUUCUCUUGUACAGAGCAAUAUGUGUUGUAUAAUAAAAUGCGUACGAAAGCAACGA